UAUGAUUUUGUGCAACACCACUCACAAUGUGCAUUUGUUACAAUGACAGAAUUCACAAAAGAGAUGUAUUAAAGUGACUUAUCUUUACAAGAUAUUUUAAAUAAAAUUGUCGACAGAAAUCUUUAAAAAAUGGAAUUUUUAUAAAAUACUAGGUUGUACAUGAAUCUCUUUUGUGAACUCUUUGUGCAGGUUAGCAUUGUACAGAGGGUGACUAAAAGGCAUAGGGUACAUAAACAGCAAGCAUAGAAAAGGAAAAUAAUGUGAAUAAACAAAGAUGAUACAUGUUUGCUUUUUUUCAGAUAAAUAAGAAGAGUAAACAAACAACAUGAUGCAAGUGAAAAGUAAAAAGACAAUGAAAUCUCAACGUAUAGUUUCAAGUUUAGUUACUAUUGUAGUUUGCAUAUUUUAUGCAAUUGAACUUUGUACAAAACUGGCGGACAAUAAAUUAAAAAAGUCCACAGAUUGUAGGAAAUCUGACAUCGGAUCAUUAAAUCUCAUUACUUGGCCAGUGGUUACACAUAUAUGUUUUUCUAAACAAGAGGAAAAGCCAAACAAAAAUGCGAAAGACAUUGACAUUGAAGAAUUGGCCUUAGGGAAAACAAAAGCUCAUUUAGUAUGCUCAUGUUUUGGUCGCAAAUACAUUAGUUCCCUAGUCCAUGUCUGUUGUUCUGAUAAAAAUGACUUCCAAAACUUGGGCAAGUCAAAAGAUCUGUGUGGUUUGCUAAAUCUCACCAAUUUCUACACAUCACCUGCACCUGAUCGUAGUGUCAUUGCUUACCCGGUGACUCAGGAUGUUACUUACUCAGGAGCAGGUAUUCACGAAUUUCAUGCUCAAACACUGUCCCCCAUCAUGCAAGCCACAGAUUCGACUGAAGAUGACGAAUAUAUACACCCAGACAGGCAUGUCCAACAGGCUUCAGAAAACGGAAUUGGAAUGUAUUUAGACAAUGAUGAAGGUGGUGCUUUUGGCUUUCCCCUGGACCAGCACCUGCCUGAUGAAGAGGAUGCUUUUGGUGGAACUAUACAUGAUCCUUCUUCACGUGUGGAUAGAGUUGUAGGUGAUCUUGAUGCACCAAAUCUGAUAGCAGGCACAGAUGCAAAUAUCCCUUCGCCCUCACUGCAGCUACCACAACCACCACAGUUUCCGAGGUAUGGGUUGUAUCGUGUCCGCCUUAACACAUUCCAAAACUGGCCUGCUGAUUGUGCUUUCAGAGACACACAAACCCUGGCUGAAAGUGGAUUCUACUAUGCUGGUCAUGCAGAUGCUGUCCGCUGUUUCCAGUGUGGCUUUAGAUUGAGGAAUUGGCAGGCUGGAGAUGACCCACAUGCCAUUCACAGGCAAUAUUCACGCCAAUGUGACUUCCUGCGCGAAAGACACGGCGCGGCUCAUGCAACGCAGGAAAUGCGUGAAGUCAAUUUACAUAGCCCCAGGGUUGGCAGCACUCAUUACCAAAGAGUUCUGGGCGAUGCUCAUCGUCUUGGUUAUGCUCGAAGUGCAGUCCAUGGCGCAGUACAAGUGUAUAUUGGAAGAGGCCAGUCGCUCAAUAACCUAAGAAUCGACCACCUAGAGGCAAUCCUGCAGGAAUGGCGCACACCUCUAUGCCGAGAAGCACUGCAAGCUGAAAACCGAAGAUUACGACAGAUAUGCAUGUGCCAACGGUGUAAAAGAAAGCCUUUAGAGAUCAUGUUGUUUCCAUGCCAUCACAGAUUAUGUAACGCAUGUGUCGGAAGAAGUACUCAUUGCCCAAUAUGUAAUGCUCAUAUUUGGGACAGACUCCGCGUGUUUAUGUGAUGGACCAAAGUAUUCAUUUUUGUGGACCAAAGAUAAAAUGUACAAGAUUUUGAUAGUUACCAAAGUAUUCAUUUUUGUGGACCAAAGAUGUUAUGUACAAGAUUUUGACAUGUACCAAAGUAUUCAUUUUUGUUUACCAAAGAUGUUAUGUACAAGAUUUUGACAUGUACCAAAGUAUUCAUUUUUGUGGACCAAAGAUGUUAUGUACUGCUAAAAAAAGCUAAAACCUUAAUGAUUAUGGUCUGAAAAAUAAUGCGAUGCAUAUAGCAACAAAGUAUUGCACCUACACACAUUUAUUCACAUGAAAGUUGUUCAGGAUGGGAAAAUGUACACCUGCAAUGUGCAAAACAUUUUACUGUUUGUUACAAAAGUUAAAAUGGUCUUAACAAUCUUUAAGACUGAAAUAACAAUGGCAGAAUGUUGGUGAGAUUUAUAACCCAGUGUUCAUCUUGUUAAUUCCAAAGCAAGACAUUUAACCAUUUCUGUGUCCAGGCUGCAUUGGGGGUAUUAAACUAAUUGGUGCAAGUAAAUAAAAAUUUGUAGAAUUUUUUGAUGGAAGAUACAAUGUAUUACUAAGUGUCACUUGUAAUUCCAGCAUCAAUUGUGUCAAAGUAAUGUUAUUGUGAUAAUGUUUCAAUUGAACAUUUCUUGUAAUUUGCAAUGAAUUUUGGUAGAAUUAAGUGAUAUCGUAUUAUAAUUGUAUUUGUUGAAGUUUUUUCAUGUUGUACAAUUAUGAACUGCAUCUUGUCUUUUUGAGGACAUACUGAUUAAAGUUUGUUUUCAUGACAUUAUUGCCAAAAAAUGUUUUAAAUAAUUCAAGUGUAUGGUGUUGCUUUUGAAAUCCAAUGAAAGUUUAUUGAUUAAGAAAAGUUUCAUACAAUAAUGUCAUUUUCUCCUUAGUACCUGAAGUUUGAAAAAGAAACAGCAGGAUAACUGUUAUUAAAGUUGCAAAACCAUUCACAUGACAGUUUUGGGAUAGAAUGAGGGCAAAAACGUUCAAGCAACAACACUUUAAAACAACAACACUUUAAGUAAGCAUCAAUACUUUGACAUCAUUUUAUUUAGACAUAAUAUAACAUUUUAGCAAGACUCAUUUCUUCUGUGAUCAACUUUGAUAAAAAUAAAUAUUUAUAAAGAUAUAAUUUUAUUUAAGAAUAAGAUUUAUAUUUAUUCAUAUUAUAUAUUUAUACCAGUCUUUUGAAGUAGACAAUAGUCAACAUUUCUGUUGGAAUAUUUUUGAGAUUUGUGUAGAACUAUCAUUAUUGUAAAAACCCUAAAAUAUUGUUUUCAUAUAUUUAUUCUGAUGUCUUUAUAUAUUAAUGGCUUUUACAGUUCGAUUCAUUCUGUCUCUGUUGUUUUUUAAUAAUUAUGCUAUAUCAUCUUUUACAUUUCUGUGCCUUCUAUCACUUUUAAUGGUGCUAGUCUGAGAACGUGAAUAACUGGUGAUUUUAUAAUUAUGUCAUGUAUUGGCCAUGCUAUAUGUGGCGGAUCCUUGGUCUAGUGGUAACACACUUGACUGUCAAUACAGGGGUCGCAGGUUCGGUUCCCCGCCAUACCUGUAAACAAAUACUAAUUGUCUUCCAGGAGGGACGUUAAAUUGGGUCUCAUGUAACAGUGCUAUUCACUAGUGCACGCGAAAGAACCAGGGUAGCUUCAAUCAGGGUUACAUUUUGUCUGUGCACCAUGCUCCAAAAGACAUAAAAUCUAUGCAAUCUGUUUUACUAGUUCUACAACUUGUGCCAUGUGAACAACCAUCAGUGCAUCAUUUUUUUUUUUUUGUACAUGUCUUGUAAAUAAGAAUUGUAACUUCUAUUUUUAUUGUUAGGUGUUCUCAUGACACCUGAUAAUCACAAUGAUACCCAUGUCAGUUUGUGUGUUGUUCCAUAAGGUUUUAUGUGCUACUUUUAACAUUCAUGUCAAUUGAGUUUGUUAGAGCUAUAUUGCAUUCAUGCAAAAAUUGUGUUUAAAAUAAGUGUUCUAUAAUUAUAAAAUGUGAUGUAUUAAUGAUCUAUGCUAAAACUGUCUAAAUGUCACCUCUGAUACAUGGACAGCAUGUAAUAUGUUAUCGAUUGUUACAUUUGUUUUUAUGCCCCCGAAGGUGGGCAUAUUAAAAUCGCACCGUCCGUCCGUCCUUCCGUCCGUCCGUGUGUCUGGCUCAAUAACUCGUGUCCGGGCUGUAACUUUCCUUUGUAUGGACAGAUUUUAAAAUAACUUGCCACAUGUGUUCCACAUACCAAGACGACGUGUCGCAUGCAAGACCCGUGCCCCUACCUCAAAGGUCAAGGUCACACUUAGUCUUUAUUCACAAUGGAGUGCUGCAUAUAGGACAUAAAGUAGAGGUUGUCGUGUCCGGGCUGUAACUUUCCGUUGUAUGGACAGAUUUUAAAAUAACUUGCCACAUGUGUUCCACAUACCAAGACGACGUGUCGCUUGCAAGACACGUGCCCCUACCUCUAAGGUCAAGGUCACACUUAGUGUUUAUUCACAAUGGGGUGCUGCAUAUAGGACAUAGAGUAUAGGUUGUCGUGUCCGGGCUGUUACUUUCCCAUGUAUAGACAGAUUUUAAAAUAACUUGCCACAUGUGUUCCACAUACCAAGAUGACGUGUCGUGUGCAAGACCCGUGUCCCUACCUCAAAGGUCAAGGUCACACUUAGUGUUUAUUCACAAUGGAGUGCUGCAUAUAGGACAUAGAGUAUAGGUUGUCGUGUCCGGGCUGUAACUUUCCCUUGUAUGGACAGAUUUUAAAAUAACUUGCCACAUGUGUUCCACAUACCAAGAUGAUGUGUCGCGUGCAAGACCCGUGCCCCUACCUCAAAGGUCAAGGUCACACUUAGUCUUUAUUCACAAUGGAGUGCUGCAUAUAGGACAUAAAGUAGAGGUUGUCGUGUCCGGGCUGUAACUUUCCGUUGUAUGGACAGAUUUUAAAAUAACUUGCCACAUGUGUUCCACAUACCAAGACGACGUGUCGCUUGCAAGACACGUGCCCCUACCUCUAAGGUCAAGGUCACACUUAGUGUUUAUUCACAAUGGGGUGCUGCAUAUAGGACAUAGAGUAUAGGUUGUCGUGUCCGGGCUGUUACUUUCCCAUGUAUAGACAGAUUUUAAAAUAACUUGCCACAUGUGUUCCACAUACCAAGAUGACGUGUCGCGUGCAAGACCCGUGCCCCUACCUCAAAGGUCAAGGUCACACUUAGUGUUUAUUCACAAUGGAGUGCUGCAUAUAGGACAUAGAGUAUAGGUUGUCGUGUCCGGGCUGUAACUUUCCCUUGUAUGGACAGAUUUUAAAAUAACUUGCCACAUGUGUUCCACAUACCAAGAUGACGUGUCGCGUGCAAGACCCGUGCCCCUACCUCAAAGGUCAAGGUCACACUUAGUCUUUAUUCACAAUGGAGUGCUGCAUAUAGGACAUAAAGUAGAGGUUGUCGUGUCCGGGCUGUAACUUUCCCUUGUAUGGACAGAUUUUAAAAUAACUUGCCACAUGUGUUCCACAUACCAAGACGACGUGUCGCUUGCAAGACACGUGCCCCUACCUCUAAGGUCAAGGUCACACUUAGUGUUUAUUCACAAUGGGGUGCUGCAUAUAGGACAUAGAGUAUAGGUUGUCGUGUCCGGGCUGUUACUUUCCCAUGUAUAGACAGAUUUUAAAAUAACUUGCCACAUGUGUUCCACAUACCAAGAUGACGUGUCGCGUGCAAGACCCGUGUCCCUACCUCAAAGGUCAAGGUCACACUUAGUGUUUAUUCACAAUGGAGUGCUGCAUAUAGGACAUAGAGUAUAGGUUGUCGUGUCCGGGCUGUAACUUUCCCUUGUAUGGACAGAUUUUAAAAUAACUUGCCACAUGUGUUCCACAUACCAAGAUGACGUGUCGCGUGCAAGACCCGUGCCCCUACCUCAAAGGUCAAGGUCACACUUAGUCUUUAUUCACAAUGGAGUGCUGCAUAUAGGACAUAAAGUAGAGGUUGUCGUGUCCGGGCUGUAACUUUCCCUUGUAUGGACAGAUUUUAAAAUAACUUGCCACAUGUGUUCCACAUACCAAGACGACGUGUCGCUUGCAAGACACGUGCCCCUACCUCAAAGGUCAAGGUCACACUUAGUGUUUAUUCACAAUUGAGUGCUGCAUAUAAGGACAUAGAGAUAUAGGUUGUCGUGUCCGGGCUGUAACUUUCCCUUGUAUGGACAGAUUUUAAAAUAACUUGCCACAUGUGUUCCACAUACCAAGACUACGUGUCGCUUGCAAGACACGUGCCCCUACCUCUAAGGUCAAGGUCACACUUAGUGUUUAUUCACAAUGGGGUGCUGCAUAUAGGACAUAGAGUAUAGGUUGUCGUGUCCGGGCUGUUACUUUCCCAUGUAUAGACAGAUUUUAAAAUAACUUGCCACAUGUGUUCCACAUACCAAGAUGACGUGUCGCGUGCAAGACCCGUGUCCCUACCUCAAAGGUCAAGGUCACACUUAGUGUUUAUUCACAAUGGAGUGCUGCAUAUAGGACAUAAAGUAGAGGUUGUCGUGUCCGGGCUGUAACUUUCCCUUGUAUGGACAGAUUUUAAAAUAACUUGCCACAUGUGUUCCACAUACCAAGAUGACGUGUCGCGUGCAAGACCCGUGCCCCUACCUCAAAGGUCAAGGUCACACUUAGUCUUUAUUCACAAUGGAGUGCUGCAUAUAGGACAUAAAGUAGAGGUUGUCGUGUCCGGGCUGUAACUUUCCCUUGUAUGGACAGAUUUUAAAAUAACUUGCCACAUGUGUUCCACAUACCAAGACGACGUGUCGCUUGCAAGACAGGUGCCCCUACCUCAAAGGUCAAGGUCACACUUAGUGUUUAUUCACAAUUGAGUGCUGCAUAUAAGGACAUAGAGUAUAGGUUGUCGUGUCCGGGCUGUAACUUUCCCUUGUAUGGACAGAUUUUAAAAUAACUUGUUCUUUUUAAUGUAACAUGUGCUCAACCAAUUCAAAUCCAGCUUGACUGUAAAUAAUAUCUUUUUUGAUGGUUGUUUGAUUAUAUAUGUGAACAUGUAUAUUGUAUAACUGUGGUUACAAACAAGAUUGAUUUGUUCCUUGCAUCUAAUAAUAUUAUUUGAAGUGGAGAACUGUUUGGCUUGAAAUGAAAUAAUGGUGUAAAAUAAGAUUUUACUCCUUUUGGAUAUUAUAAAACAGGCAGAGUGGGAAAAGUGCAAGUUUGAUGUUCUAAUGACAUUUACAAGGGUAUCCAUGCCAGUUUGUUGUUUCUUAGGAAUUAUGAAGUGCUGCUUGUGACAUUUAUGUCAGUUCUUUUUGUAACUGUUUCUCAUUCCAGAAUUCAAUGCAUUAAUAUGUGUUUUCUCAUACGCUUUGAUUAAAUGAUAUGCCUUUAAGGUCAUGAAGUGUUUUUUUAGUAUACUGGUGCUUUUUAUCUACUAAAAGUGAGUCAAUAUUGUUAGAGGUUUUGUUUCAUUUUAGAUAAAAUUCCUGAAAGCUGUUUAAUGCAGCAUUCGUUGAAAGACUCCAAAAUAUUCCUAUUUUCCUGUUAUUUCAGAUAUGUACCUGAAACAUUUAAGUUUUGAUUGAGAUAUUUAUCCUUUGUUUUGUUUUUCCCUUUUAAUGUUCCAUGUUUCAUUGUGACCAUAUUAAUUGUUUUCUGGUGCACAUCAUGUUUUGUCAAGAAGCUGUUAUUGACAUAUUUAUGACCACGAACUAUUCUCUCUGUCUAUUAUGAACCAUGUACAUCAUUUGAGAAGGAAAGUAACAUUAUUUUUUCUUUUAAAUGUUACUAGUGCCCGAUCAAUUGAAAGUCAGCCUGAUGUGUUAGUGUUAAUUUAGUCAACCCUCUGUUUCUUGGUGUUAUGAUUAAAUAUAUGAAAAUUAAAAUGUACUAUAUAAUUGUGGAUACUAACCAGAUCAAGAUGGGUUUGUUUGUAAGUAUUGUUAUUUCAUUUCAAUAUGAAAACUGUUGAGAUUGUAAUAUAAGGUUUACAGGAGAUUUGAUUUCUGUUAUACAAUAGGCUUUCCAGCAAGAGAUUAAAAAUAUGACUUUUUAGGGCAAAUAAAAAGAAAUAGGGCUUCAGUUUGUAUAUUUCUGUUUAUAGAAAAUGUCACGAAUACAUAAAAAUCUACAGUAUAUAAAAGAAAAAUUGAGCACAUUUAAUAAAUGUAAACAGAAAGUAACAAAUUCAAGAUAACUUAAUAGGGCAUUGUAAUGGAAUCUUGAUUUUCAAAAAACAAUAUUUUUAGCAAAAUCUGAAAAACCCUUAAAGCUGCCAGAUUUACCGUUUCGACAAUUUUAAUAAUUUUUGUCUUGGAAUGUGCCAUUUUUGCGUAAAUAUCUGCAAACCAGUGAUAUAUAAACAUUAUUGUAAGACUGCUGACGAAAGAUCAGAUUGAAGAUUGCAAUAUUUCUGUUCGAAAAUUGAUGUUUUAUGACAAAAAGCGUUACUAACGGUUUUAGAAAAGCAUAUAAAACAUCAAUAUUUGAACCUAAUUAUGAAAAUCUGCGACCUGAUUUUCUGUCAGCAGUCUUAUGUCACUGGUUUCCAUGCAUUUUCGCAUAAAUUGGCUUGUUCCAAGACAAAAAAUAAAAAAGAUGUCAAAAAGUUCAAUCUGUGAGAAUGCAGCUUUAAAUUUAGGGAUACUGUAGGGCCUGUAAAGUCAUGUGAAAGAGAGUUGUUACUGUCUUCAUGUUUGUUACCUUUGACUUUAAUGUUUUGUGAAUAAAUAAUAAAUUCAUCAAA